CCGACGCUUUCACCGAUUCGGCAGCUGUUUCCGUCCCCGUCGCGCCCCACCUCUUGUCCUCACCUCCCCGAAAAACUCACGCACACCACCACCCUCCUUGCGUCCUUCGCUCCUCCACACCACCACCUGCUCCUCCUCCAGCUCCUACCUUAUCACAGCUAGCACACACACGCGCGCGGCUGUGCCUGAGCUGCUUUCUCCUCCACUUCUUCCCCGGUCCAUCUGUUUCUUGCCUCCCUUUCCCUUGACCUGAAGAAGAGGAGGAGGGAGACCGACCUCAACUGAAGAUCGAUGGGGCGCGGCAAGAUCGAGAUAAAGCGGAUCCAGAACGCGACCAACCGGCAGGUGACCUACUCCAAGCGCCGCACGGGGAUCAUGAAGAAGGCGCGCGAGCUCACCGUGCUCUGCGACGCCCAGGUCGCCAUCAUCAUGUUCUCCUCCACCGGCAAGUACCACGAGUUCUGCAGCCCAGGAACCGACAUAAAGACCAUCUUUGACCGCUACCAGCAGGCCAUCGGGGCCAGCCUAUGGAUCGAGCAGUAUGAGAAUAUGCAGCGGACGCUGAACCAUCUCAAGGACAUCAAUCGCAAUCUGCGCACCGAGAUCAGGCAAAGGAUGGGUGAAGAUCUGGACAGUCUGGAGUUUGACGAGCUGCGCGGUCUUGAGCAAAAUGUAGAUACAGCUCUGAAGGAGGUUCGCCAUAGGAAGUAUCAUGUGAUCACCACACAGACUGAAACCUACAAGAAGAAGGUGAAGCACUCCUACGAGGCCUACAAGAACCUGCAGCAGGAGCUGGGCAUGCGCGAGGACCCGGCGUUCGGGUUCGUGGACAACACGGGGGCCGGGUGGGACGGCGCGGUGGCGCUGGGCGGCGGCGGCGGCGCCGCGCCGGACAUGUAUGCCUUCCGCGUGGUGCCGAGCCAGCCCAACCUGCACGGCAUGGCCUACGGCUCCCACCACCUGCACCUCGGCUAAGUAAUCAGCUCACACCAGUUAGGUUGUCUUGCAUGGACGCAUGCAAAUUAAACCCCUCCGUAGCCGACUUACUCCAUCGGAGAUCAUAUCACCAAGUAACGAAUAAAAUGCCCGUGCUACGUUACCAUCGACGAACCAACAGUUCAGUUGCGGCUCUCUCUCUCUCUCUCUCUCUCUGGUGUAAUCGUUCGUGUGCAGCUAUGUAUAUGUCUCCCAUGCAUGCAUCAAUGCAUGGGUCUGUCUCUGUCUGUGUCUGUGUGAAGAAAGGGGACUUGUGUGUAACGUGAUGUGUACCGUUUAUGCUUGUAUUGUAUUGAACUAUAGACGGCUACGUCUAUCUAUCAGACUUUGU